AAUCCCCCCUCCCUUAUCCCAAGAGCAUUUCCAACUUUCCAGAAGUUUCUGCGUCCCGGGGCGGGGGCCUCUUAUAUAGGGCUGGCGCGGGGGCUGUGCGCUCGGAGAGACCGUCUUGGGACGGAGCUGAGCGGAUCCCAUCCCAGAACGGCGCUGGGGAGGGCCCGACUGGGAUCCUUCUCAUCUCUGUCCCCCUAAGCCCAGAAUGAAAAAAGCAAGCACUGACCUCCCUCUGAGACAGUUUCAAGGUCCCUAGCAGCCGGAAGGAGGGCCUCCGUCCCCGCACAACCAUGUGGCCAACACAGCUCCUGAGCGCCCUCUGCCUCCUGGCGGUGGCCGGGGCAGCUGAGGUCAAGAAGCCCGCGGCAGCGGCGGCAGCGGCAGGGAAGAGUGGGGAGGCGAAGCUGAGUGAGAAGGCGACCACGUUGGCAGAGAGGAGCGCCGGUCUGGCCUUCAACCUCUACCGCGCCAUGGCCCAAGACAAGGGGGUGGAGAACAUCUUGUUGUCCCCGGUGGUCGUGGCCUCAUCCCUGGGACUGGUGUCUCUGGGCGGGAAGGCGACCACGGCCUCCCAGGCCAAGGCGGUGCUGAGCGCCGACAAGCUCCGCGACGACGACGUGCACACCGGCCUGGCCGAGCUGCUUGCAUCCGUUAGCAAUUCCACCGCCCGCAACGUCACGUGGAAGCUGGGCAGCCGCCUGUACGGGCCCAGCUCGGUCAGCUUUGCCGAUGACUUUGUCCAGAACAGCAAGAAACACUACAAUUACGAGCACUCCAAGAUCAACUUCCGGGACAAGCGGAGCGCCCUGCAGUCCAUCAACGAAUGGGCCUCCCAGACCACGGACGGCAAGCUGCCCGAGGUCACCAAAGACGUGGAGAAGACCGACGGCGCCCUCAUCGUCAAUGCCAUGUUCUUCAAGCCCCACUGGGAUGAAAGAUUCCACCAUAAGAUGGUCGACAACCGAGGUUUCAUGGUGACUCGCUCUUACACCGUUGGCGUGCCCAUGAUGCACCGCACAGGUCUCUACAACUACUAUGAUGAUGAGACUGAAAAACUCCAGAUGGUUGAGAUGCCCUUAGCCCAUAAGCUCUCAAGCCUCAUCAUCAUUAUGCCUCACCAUGUGGAACCCCUAGAGAGGUUGGAAAAGCUCCUGACUAAAGAACAGCUCAAGACCUGGCUGGGCAAGAUGAAGAAGAGGGCUGUGGCGAUCUCCCUGCCCAAGGGAGUUGUGGAGGUGACUCAUGACCUCCAGAAGCACCUGGCCGGCCUGGGCCUCACGGAGGCCAUGGACAAGAACAAGGCGGACCUAUCUCGGAUGUCGGGCAAGAAGGACCUGUACCUGGCCAGCGUCUUCCAUGCCACCGCCUUCGAGUGGGACACGGAGGGCAACCCCUUUGACCAGGACAUCUAUGGGCGUGAGGAGCUGCGGAGCCCCAAGCUCUUCUACGCGGACCACCCCUUCAUCUUCCUGGUCCAGGACGCCCAGAGCGGCUCUCUGCUCUUCAUUGGGCGCCUGGUCCGGCCCAAGGGGGACAAGAUGCGCGACGAGCUCUAG